GUUCUCUACUUCGCUCGGACGGUGCGGACUCCGCUCCUCGUGCCACGGACGCCCGGCCAAUCAUAGAGCUACUUGGGCGCCUAGCAGCUAGGAAGACUGACGCUACUGUGAUUGGUGGAUCGGAGUCGCGUGGAUGGUGUGGCUCAACGUGCCUCGUCUUCUUACCACGGUUUCCAUCACAGCUGCUCUAGCUGCUUUUGGAAGCUUCGUGUUUGCAUACUGGUACAGUAACCGCAGCCGGCAGCCUGCCAUGACGGGUCACGUAAAGGCGCUCACCUCUCCGUAUCCUGGCUCUCAGGUGGAGAGGUCGCCGGUACCCCCCGAACAGGUCAGCUGGUCGGUGGAUUGGCCGGAGUACCAGCCUGUAGAGUACACGGCUCGCCCCGUGCUCGCCCGACCGGUCUGGGCAGACCCGCCACACAGCGAUGAAGGCUUUCACCCGAAGUACAACACUCUGGACGACCAUGUGCAGAGGACCAGCUUUGAGGGGGUGUACCUGGUAGAGGACGGGAAGCCCAAGAACCCCAGUGGAAGGACGGGGGUGACAGGAAGAGGGUUACUAGGAAGGUGGGGACCCAACCAUGCAGCCGACCCCAUCAUCACACGGUGGAAGAGAAACACUUCAGGAGAGAAAGUGACAGACCCGGAGACGGGGAAAGCCAUCUUACAGUUUGUAGCCAUUCAGAGGAAGGAUUGUGGCCAGUGGGCUAUACCCGGAGGAAUGGUGGAUCCCGGAGAGGUGAUCACGGCGACGCUGCGCAGGGAGUUCUGCGAGGAGGCUCUGAACUCUCUGGAGAGGACGGGAGAAGAGGGCGACACGCAGGACAGGAUUCAGAGUCUAUUCUCACAGGAUCAUUUACCGGUCUACAAGGGGUAUGUGGAUGACCCUCGGAACACUGACAACGCCUGGAUGGAGACACAAGCGGUUAAUUACCACGACGACACAGGCCACCUAUUGGACCAGCUGGCCUUGGAGGCGGGCGAUGAUGCCGGAAAAGUGCAGUGGGCGGAUAUCAGCCAGAACCACAGUCUGUACGCCAACCACGCCCACUUCAUCCAGAUUGUGGCUGAGAAGAGGGGCGCAUAUUGGUAGACCCCCCCCCCCCCCCCAAUAAAGGACUGGCAGUGUACUUUCCAUUGCAGGGCAUCAACAUGACCAGUCUGAAGAUUUUACCGCAUUUUCUAAGCAUGAACCAAAAAAUAACAAAUUUUAGGGUUCCUUUGAAAUAUAGGAUGGAGGUUUUAAAAGCCCAACUCCGCACAGAACAUUUGUUUUGGUUAGAGUGGGGAGGGGUUUGAACCUCCGUCAGGUUUUUCUUGCUGUCCUUUUUGUUGUGGGUGGGGUAGUACUGGAUUGGGAAUGUUUUAGGUUUCCUUGAAAGUUUGAAAAAUGUGUGCGCUGUUCAUAUAAAUUUGGGUUGUAAACCUGGAGGGGGACCGUCCAUGAUAAGAGUUCUUCUGUAUGUUGGUUGUAUGAAACGCCAGAGAAUAUAUCAUCAGGGAUGGGGGGG